UCUCCUAAUCUCCGUUACACAUCCAAAUCAAAAUACGUUUUUCCUAUCGUAUAUUACUAUUAAUUACCCUUACGAUGGCGGAGAAUACGAAAAAAUCACCGGAUGACCGACGGCGGCAGCCCGGCCGGUUGCAGAGGAAAGCCCCGGCGUCGAUCCAGAUUAAUCGCGCCACGGAUUGGAAUGUGGCAAUACCGCUUCUAUCGCCAUUGAUCACAUCGCCUGUUUCUAGCGAUUUGACGGCAGCGGUUGAAUUGUGUUCGAAUUCGAGUCGGGAGAAGGAGGCAGAGAGAGAGGCGGAGAAGCCUUCGGCGACGGCGACCGCGGCGGCGGUCAAGGAAUGGAAUCAUCCGGCCGCACCGUUUUGCUUCGAUCCGGCUCCGCUAGUGAAGUUCGUCUGUACUGGAAGCAACGAUCGAUGAUCUCAGAUCUGGAUGUGUAUAAUCCUAAUUCGUGUAAUUCCUCUUUGCUUUUAGGCUUCAUUUCUUCAUUUUCAUUUGCGUAAUUUGGGCGAGAGUACAUAUAAUGCAAAUGUUUCUCGAUUCUAGCUAUUUUUCCCCGGAAGGAGUUGAAAAUUCCUGUUCUAGACAUAUCGAAUUAAAUCCAGGUAAUUACU